CCGGGCCUCCCGCAGUCGCGGCGGCCCCAGGCCGGCAUGGCGGCCACCGGGGUCCGGCCGAGGCAACGGCGGCGGCGGCGGCAGCAGCAGCUGCAGCUUCGCUGUCAGCUCUUAAACCAGCUGCAGGCCAACAACCGGAGGUUCGCCCACACCAUGGGGACUCUGGUGGCCAAGUACGACCGGCCCUUUAAAGAAGACAAGCUGGUGCACAUCGCCACGUUAACCUACCAAUCGGAAAUGGGACUGAAAAUAUGGGGUGGAAAAAGAGUAUCUAACGAAAUCUUCCGGAAUACCCAGAUUUCCCUGGAGAAAGAAGGAUAUAGUAUGGAUAACUUUACGGAAAGCACUUCCACAGAUGACACAAGCAGUGGAGCUGAUAUAACUUUGGUUCAAAGAAAUGAUACCAGCUUGUGGAAUGAAGGCUUCAGUCUUGAAAGUCUUUCAGAAAAUGACUUAGACAAGAAAAACAUGACCCGAGUGGACGUGAUCCUGGAAGAUGACCAUCCCAGGCUGAUCAUGUUUGACAGUUUCAACAAGAGGAAGGACCCCAUGAUCCUUUCGGCCAAAGAGAGUUCUGAAGCGUCGCUUGAUUCCAGCAGUAUUGGCCCCCGGAAGGAUAACAGACUUUCAGUUACGCUGACUUCGCCCCUCCGAUGUCCCCGAGGUGCCGGGGGCGCGGCCGCGUGCCCCAAUGAGAGCUUGUUGGCCUGGAGGGCCCGGAGGAGCCGGCUGAGCGGCUGCAUGGGGGACGUGACGUGGGGAGAUGAGGAGCGGGAGCUCACCCUGAGUGACGUCUACGCAGAGAUGCUGUGUUCCCUGAGUAAGUGUUUGCCUUCUCAGAAGGUGGGCCUCGUGUCCACAAAUAAGUACAUUUCCAAGGGCUGGUUCUCGAAGAAAAGGAGGCUUAACGUCACCCUGACCAUGGAAAGCAGUUUUCUCAAGAUCAGUCGCAAGUUCCGGAUUGUCCCCGAGGAGACGAGUGGUUUAAUUGACAGAAACCCCAGGCGGAACUUUUUACCUCCCGUGGAGCCGGACAAGGCCGUUGUCAAGGCCGCCGACCUCACCUGCUCCCAAAGCGCUGCUUCUCCGCUGGGUCUGAGGGGGACUCUGCAAAAGCUCUCCAUUCGGGAGUCUCCUUCCAGGACUAUGGAGGUGAGCCAAGCUGGCCCCCCUCCCUGCCAGAGCCCCCCGAGGACCCCCACCUUGUCUCUGCCCCAAGUUCUGACAAGUGCAAAGGAGUGGCUCUGCCCUACGCUGCUGGGGGCUCCUGCCAGGGAUGGGAUGUGGCAGAAACAGGGCCUCUCCAGGUCACUGGGGCCACCAAAGCCGCUCCAAACACCCACGAAGGCUCCCUGGUCCCGGGAAAGGCUUUGUCAAGAGCGCUCGGCUUCCGAUGGCCCCGGCCCGUGCCUAAAGACGGGCUUUCCCAGAGAGAAGGCCACAAAGGCAAGAAAGGCCCUGCCUUUUGGCCUGGAGCAAACACCCUACAAAGGCCCAGACCCAAUCGAUUCCAUGUUUGACACGUACUCCCAGGAAACAGCUCACUGGGCCCAGGAGCUUUUGUUCCUUAAGAAAUCCAGGCAGAAGCCAAAAGAGCCAAAUCAGAGCAAACUUGGGGACUCUCUGCCAGGGUUCAGCCCCAGCACUGGUUCUCAGGAACCCCAGAAGGCAGCCUCCCCCCAAAGUAGCACCAGGAACUCCCUGUGUAGGACAAUCACCCCACUCUGCAACGUAGCCUCCCCCCAGAGCAGCACCAGGAACUCCCCGUGUGGCACAGCCACCCCGCUCCACUGCAAAGCCUCCCUUCAGAGCAGCACCAGGAACUCCCCAUGUGGGACAAUCACCCCGCUCCGCAACGUAGCCUCCCCCCAGAGCAGCACCAGGAACUCCCCAUGUGGGACAGUCACCCCACUCCGCAACGUAGCCUCCCCCCAGAGCAGCACCAGGAACUCCCCAUGUGGGACAAUCACCCCGCUCCGCAACGUAGCCUCCCCCCGGAGCAGCACCAGGAACUCCCCAUGUGGGACAGUCACCCCGCUCCACAGCACAGCCUCACUCAGGCCCACCUCAAAAGGAGACUUCGUUUCACCCCCAAAAAGACGGAAGUUGUCAAGUUCCCAGACGUCGGAUUGCUUCAGCUCUUCAAAGACAGAAGAUAAGGUGGCCCCAGAUGGCCAGGGCUUGUCCACUGACCCUGGGGAGUCUCCUGCUGGAAGGUUGAUGAGAAGCUCCAGGGUGUCCGGCGCCCAGCCAUUGUGCCAAGGAGUCGCCUGUGGGAACUCGGCCAAGGAACAGGAAGGGAGCCGUGGUCGGAGGUCAGGCAGCCGUGUCUCUUGGGCUUUCCUCCGUCCCUGGCCCUCGUGUCUGGUGGCCUGGGACAAGAGCUGCAGCCUCAGGGUUUGAAGCUGCCUCUGAGCAGGGCCUGGCCUGCCAAGGAAUAGUUGCUGAAAAGUGGAGAUUUCCAUUGUUCUGGGCCCAAGGCAACUCUGGGCCUCCUGUCUCUGCUGGCCUCCUGCCUCUGAUGGUCUCCUGCCUCUGUGGUCCUCCUGUCUCUGAUGGCCUUCUGUCUCUGCGGGCCUCCUGUCUCUGAUGGUCUUCUGUCUCUGUGGGCCUCCUGUCUCUGCGGGCUUCCUGUCUCUGCAGAUCUCCUCUCUGCUGGCCUCCUGUUUCUGCGGACCUCCUGUCUCUGAUGGUCUCCUGCCUCUGUGGUCCUCCUGUCUCUGAUGGCCUUCUGUCUCUGCGGGCCUCCUAUCUCUGACGGUCUUCUGUCUCUGCGGGCCUCCUGUCUCUGCGGGCUUCCUGUCUCUGCAGAUCUCCUGUCUCUGCGGGCCUCCUGCCUCUGCAGGCCUUCUGUCUCUGAUGGCCUUCUGUCUCUGCGGGCCUCCUGUCUCUGCAGGCCUUCUGUCUCUGAUGGCCUUCUGUCUCUGCUAGCUUCCUGUCUCUACGGGCCUCCUGUCUCUGUGGACCUCCUGUCUCUGCGGGCCUCCUGUCUCUGAUGGUCUCCUGUCUCUGUGGGCCUCCUGUCUCUGCGGGCCUUCUGUCUCUGCGGGCCUCCUGUCUCUGAUGGCCUUCUGUCUCUGCGGGCCUCCUGUCUCUGAUGGCCUUCUGUCUCUGCUAGCCUCCUGUCUCUCCGGGCCUCCUGUCUCUGUGGACCUCCUGUCUCUGUGGGCCUCCUGCCUCUGUGGAUCUCCUGUCUCUGCGGUCCUCCUGUCUCUGAUGGCCUUCUGUCUCUGUGGGCCUCCUGUCUCUGAUGGCCUUCUGUCUCUGCUAGCCUCCUGUCUCUCCGGGCCUCCUGUCUCUGUGGACCUCCUGUCUCUGCGGGCCUCCUGCCUCUGCAGAUCUCCUGUCUCUGCUAGCCUCCUGUCUCUGAUGGCCUUCUGUCUCUGUGGGCCUCCUGUCUCUGAUGGCCUUCUGUCUCUGCUAGCCUCCUGUCUCUCCGGGCCUCCUGUCUCUGUGGACCUCCUGUCUCUGCGGGCCUCCUGCCUCUGCAGAUCUCCUGUCUCUGCUAGCCUCCUGUCUCUGAUGGCCUUCUGGCUCUGUGGGCCUCCUACUUCUCCUGGCCUCCUGUUUCUUCAGGCCUCUUGCCUCUGUGGGCCUCCUGUCUCUGCUGGCCUUCUGGCUCUGCUGGCCUCCUGUCUCUACUGGUCUCCUGUCUCUACUGGCCUCCUGUCUCUGCUGGCCUUUUGGUGCUGCUGAUCUCCUGUCUCUGCUGGCCUACUGUCUCUGUGAUCCUUCUGUCUCUGCUGGCCUUCUGGUGCUGCUGGUCUCCUGCCUCUGUGGUCCUCCCGUCUCUGUGGUCCUCCCGUCUCUGUGGUUCUCCUGUCUCUGUUGGCCUCCUGUCUCUGCUGGCCUUCUGGUGCUGCUGGUCUCCUGCCUCUGUGGUCCUCCCGUCUCUGUGGUUCUCCUAUCUCUGCUGGCCUCCUGUCUCUGUGAAUCUCCUGUCUCUGCGGGCCUCCUGUCUCUGUGGGUCUCAGCUCUGUCCAGUGUAAGAAGCUCUCUAAUGUGCCUCAGUUUGCUCCUUUGUCAGACAAGGCCGCCAGCCUGCCUCAGCCUCUAGAUCAGGGACCUCUGGUCCUCUUGGAGGCUUUUCUGCUUUGCCUUUGCUGGCUUCCC